UCUCGCAUCUAUGGGAUGUCACAAAUGAAAAAGAACCCUGGGGACGAGGUUGGGUAAAUUUGUUCGGCAGAAAGUAUUCACUGGUCCCACAAUUUAGGCAAUUUUUACCGAAUUUUGUACCGGUAAGGUAACUACAUUUAAUUUUUCGGUUUUCUUAUUUUAGUGGUCAACUAAAGGGGGAAGUUUGAUCACCUGUCUGCUAAUUCUAUCGCUUUUUUACGUUAUUCAGGGUAGCGAUGUUUAUACCGCCGUGCACACGUCGGCUAAUUUGAUAAUGAUAAAUACAACACACGGCUCAUCUCAGAUUUCAGAAAUUGGAAAACUUAAACUUCAGCAACCUCAUCCACCCUCGCCGUCCCGGGUGAUAAAGAAAAGAGAAAACAGGCGCUGGGAACGAGGUUGCUGAAGUUCACUAAUUAACAGAAUAACUAAUUGCAACGCUACAACCAACGGUCAAAUCUUUAAAAAAAAACUUUAAAUAAGCGGACACUCUAAUUAGCAGACGGUACUUUUUUUACACUGAAUGAAGUGAAAAACCAAAGAAGCUGAAAUGACCAUGAGUUAUCUUGUUCGCUAUCCAAGGCUUCUAGAAACCUGUUUUCUCUAGAAUUGACAAGGAUGAUAAAACUUUUCAAAUAGUGGACGCCUCUAUUAAUAAAGGACAAAAGUGGUUGCACCAAGGUAUCCGUUAAUAAUUAAGAGGGCUGGUGUAGGUAUUAUUUGUUGGGUGGAGGGCUUUUAAAAUAGCAUAAUUUAAGUUGAUUAAUGUGGCGGUUUUGUGUGUAUUUGUUUCCUUGAUUUUUUUAAUAAUUAGAAUUGAAAGAGAAACAGAAUUCGUACUUUCUUAUUUCUGCAUUAAAAUAAAGUUUUCCUAUUAUAAGGGAUGUAAAGGGGGGCAGGGUCUAUUGUUUCUUCUGAAUUAUUCGAACCUCAUAACACCACAUGAUUUCCUUGUUGUUUUACAAAAAGUAAAAAACAUGGACGACCCAAGUUACGAUGCUGGCGAUGAAGAAAGAAUAAAUGCAUUAGAGCGUACACAAUCUGCUGUAACAUCGGGAUUGAUCGAACAAUGCGUAGAGUGGUUGUCACACAAAGAAGCAAGUAGUUUCAUCACGUUGAACGAUAUACUUCAAGAUACCUUUCGACUGAGUCAACAAUUUAAUUUUUUGCUUAACUUCGCCGGUUUAGAAGAGUCUGUUCAGCAAUGCCAAGUUUUUCUGGUUCCUAAUGAUGAUCAAAAACCUACUUCACAAGAAGAACAAAAAGAAGAAGGAAGGAGGGAAAAUAUAUCAUCUACUAUUAAUCCAGAGCUGCUACUAAAUCCAGCUUUUCGACGUCCUUCAUUUUUGUUACCGGGAGCAAGCCAAUCUCAGUCUUUACAAAUACCUACAAAAAAUCCUGAACUGUCCUUGUGUUCAUCAUCACAGCUGGCAAAGGGAAAAGUAAAGUUAAAAGACGAAAAAAUCAAAUGUGAAAUAGAAACAAGCAAAGAGAAACUGAAAAAUUUGGAAGAAGAAAACGUCAAGAUCAUGGCAGCUCUAUGCGAAUUAAAGAAAUAUACAACAGAAUGUGGUGACGCACAAGACAUCUUAAAAGAGUGUAGCUUGCCAGAUGACACAGUCGGUUAUGUGUCGGAUCACAUAAGCGAUGACGCAAGUGGCAUGCUGGGUGACGGCAUGGAUGACGCGAUAAUUUAGAAUGAAAUGUGUCAUAAAUAAAUAACACCCAGAGAUACGAGUUUUUUGUCUGAUCUUGAAGUAUAGUACACGUUUUUUCAAAAAAACCUAAUUUAUAAGAAACUUGAGGCUAAGAUUUUGGUAGAUAUAGUACAAACUCAACCUCGCAAGACUAUUGGAGAGGCAUCCCGUCGACCAAGUUGACCUUAGACGUUUAAAUUUUUGUGACAUUCUAUUUGCUUAAGACCCUUUGCACAUGACACAGUCUUUGAAAUUAAGAAACGAAAUGUUUAAAACGACAGAAAAAGUGUUUGAAUUAUGUAGAUGUUUAAAUAAUGUAGAUUGGAAUUAACGAAAAAUACAUACGAGGAAUUGUUGUUAGGGAUUAAAACCGUACCGGAAAAAUUGUUUAAAUAAAGAUGUUCAAACUAUAGUAAGUGGAACUCAGAGAGUCGACAGUAAACCCCGAAUUUAGGCUCACCCGAGUAUAAGACCCUCCCCCCUCUUUUUAUAAACAUUUAUUUCGUUGCUAACUUUCUCCACAACUGCACCGUGCACAGGUUCAAUGUAGAAAAAAUUAAUAAAUCAAAUAGCAAUCUGUAGAGAAUCGUUGAAGGUGAUAUAGAGCAAAUAAUGUUU